AUGGAAUGGAUUGAGGAAGUGGGAUUGCUGAAAACUGUCACUGGAAUCACCAGGUGUUAUGAUAAGUUGGUGAAGGAAUUCAUUGUCAAUGUCACUACCAGCUGCAAUGUGUCUGGAAGUCCAGAUUUCAGAAAGGUCUUUGUGAGAGGUAAGUGUGUAAACUUUUCUCCAAGUGUUAUUAAUACCUUUUUGGGAAGAAGUCUUGCUGAAAUUGUUGAUGAAGAGAUUUCUCUGAGUGCAAUUACCACUGAACUCACUGCUGAUCAAGUCAAGGAAUGGCCUGUUAAAGGUUUGUUGUCUUCUGCUCAUUUAAGUGUGAAGUAUGCUAUUCUGAAUCGCAUUGGUGCUGCAAAUUGGGCCCCUACCAAACACACUUCAAAUGUUUCUUCUGGUUUGGCCAAAUUGAUUUAUCUGAUUGGUACAAAGGCAAAAUUUGAUUUUGGAGCUUAUGUCUUUGAUCAAACCGUGAAGCAUGCUGAAACCUUAGCUGUCAAGCUCCCUAUUGGUUUUCCUUAUUUAAUCAGUGAAAUUAUUUUGAGUCAACAACCUCAGAUUGUCACCGCUGAUGAGUUUCCUAACAAGAAGGCUAGUGCUCUUACUGUUGAUCACAGGUUGCUAGAUGGUACUCAUGUUCCUGAUGUUGCUGGCCUGGCUGAGAUAACUCAGGGGGAGGAUACUAUCUCCAGCUGCACAUUGAGGAAGAAGCAUGUGGAUUGUCUCAUCAUGGAGCUGACCAAGGGGAAGAACACUGAUGAAGACAAUGCUGUUGCAGGAGAUCAAGCUGUGGGUGGUGCUACUUCUGAUGAUGAUUCUGCUGCUAGUUCUUAG